CCUUCGCGGUGGCGGCGCGAUGCCCCUACGCUGACCGUCUCCGGCCGGUGCUAGCUAGGGAAGACGCACCCGGGCCGACUUCGCGCCACCAUGUAAAGGCGCCCACGGGCAGACGCUGCCUUCCACCCCCGGGACCCCUCCGGCUAGCCACGGGGCCCGGGGCCCUCGAUGAGGACACGCCAUGCUGACCGGGGUGACCGAGGGCUUCCUCUGCUGCCUGCUGGGCUCGCCGCCCAACGCUGUGGGCCCACUGGAGAGCGUCGAAUCCAGCGACGGCUACACCUUCGUGGAGGUCAAGCCGGGCCGCGUGCUGCGGGUGAAACACGCGGGCCCCGCACCGGCGCCCUCGCGCCCUCCGCCCCCGGACACUGCGCAGGGCGGCCGGGCAGGCCUGGUGCGAUGCCAGCGCCGGAUCACCGUGUACCGCAACGGGCGGCUACUGGUGGAGAACCUGGGCCGCGCGCCGCGCGCCGACCUUGGGCACGGGCAGGGCGGCUGUGAGCCCCCGGCCGCGCUCGAGGUGGAGCUGGCCGAGCCCUCGGGGGCCGAGGGCCGUGCACACGCUGGAGGCGUGGGGAGCGGGCGGCGGCGCCGCACGCGGCGCCCCAAGAGGACCAUUCACAUUGACUGCGAGAAGCACAUCACCAGCUGCAAGGGCGCCCAGGCCGACGUGGUGCUCUUCUUCAUCCACGGUGUUGGCGGCUCGCUGGCCAUCUGGAAGGAGCAGCUGGACUUUUUUGUGCGCCUGGGCUAUGAGGUGGUAGCGCCAGACCUGGCCGGCCACGGGGCCAGCUCAGCGCCUCAGGUGGCCGCCGCCUAUACCUUCUACGCUCUGGCGGAGGACAUGCGGGCCAUCUUCAAGCGCUACGCCAAGAAACGCAACGUGCUCAUCGGGCACUCCUACGGCGUCUCCUUCUGCACUUUCCUGGCCCAUGAGUACCCAGACCUGGUGCACAAGGUAAUCAUGAUCAACGGCGGCGGCCCCACGGCGCUGGAACCCAGCAUCUGUUCCAUCUUCAACAUGCCUGCGUGUGUCCUGCACUGCUUGUCGCCCUGCCUGGCCUGGAGCUUCCUCAAGGCUGGCUUUGCACGCCAAGGAGCCAAGGAGAAGCAGCUGUUGAAGGAAGGCAACGCGUUCAACGUGUCGUCCUUCGUGCUGCGGGCCAUGAUGAGUGGCCAGUACUGGCCCGAGGGUGAUGAGGUGUACCACGCCGAGCUGACCGUGCCCGUGCUGCUUGUCCACGGCAUGCACGACAAGUUUGUUCCAGUGGAAGAGGACCAGAGAAUGGCAGAGAUCCUGCUGCUGGCCUUCCUCAAGCUCAUCGACGAGGGCAGCCACAUGGUGAUGCUGGAGUGCCCGGAGACGGUGAACACACUGCUUCACGAGUUUCUGCUCUGGGAGCCCGAGCCCUGCCCCAGGGCCCUGCCGGAGCCCCAGGAGCCCCAGCUGGAGUCGGCGGAGAAGAAGUAGCGGUGCCGGGCACCGAGCGCUUUACAAGACCGCAGCCAACGAGGUCUGCGGGCGGCCGCCUGGGCGGGGCGGCCGCGGCGGUGGGCGGGGCCCGGCGGGAAACGCCACGGGGCGUGAACCGCGCUUGCGCAGAGUAGCCCGGUCCGCUUCCUGUCUGCGUGCCCGGCGCGGCGCCGGCCCGCAGAGGACGACGUUGUAGAGUCCCGCCGCCACGCCGCGCAGGGCAGCCUACCGCUCUGUCUUCCGUGUCACCUGUGCUUGUCCAGGGGCCUUCUUCCUUCUUGAAGGGUGUCCCAUCCCCUUGCCCAAGACCCGCACCCGUGCCCCACUCCUAGGCGCUGGGAGCUCCUAUUGCCCAGGGGGAGGGACUGGGGCGGGGCUGACCCCCAAACUGCACCUCCUCUGUAACUCAAUAAACAUAAGCGACA